AUGACCAACACCAUCGUUGCAUUGACCGAUUUUUCCGAAGAGGGUGAUGCCUGCCUUGACCGAUCCGCAAGCCUGGCGGCCUGUCACGGCUGGCGGCUUCGCAUCGUGUAUGCGGCGGCGAGUGACAAACCCCUCGAGCCAGGCGCACUCGCCAGGCUUGGCCUUUGUUCGCGACAGCUGGCCAGACGCCACAACCUGCCUGUCGAGGCUGCGUCGCACAUGGUGAUGUCAGAAACCCAGCUCAUUGACGCCACCGCUGCGGCGCAGCUUGUGGUGACAGGUUUUGCGCCUGAUGCCAGGCCGUCGUGGUUCUGGCGUGACACCGUGAUCGACCGGCUCAUGCGCAAUUGCCAUUGCCCCAUCCUGAUCGUCAGGAAAGCGCAGGACGGGCCUUACCGGAAAAUGGUGGUGGGCGUGGACUUCAGUGCGCGUUCCCGGGAACUGGUGAACCGGGCAUGCGAGAUCUUUGCCGGCACCGAGCUGCAUCUGUUCCAUGCCAUCGGCAGGAGUGAUGAAGCGAGGCUGAGGUCUUCUGAUGCAUCGGUCGAGGCCAUCAAGGCGUAUCGGCGACAGGUGAAUGCGACUGCCGAGGAUCGGCUGUUUCGCCUGGCCGACUCGCUGGACACCCGCCGGAAUCGCGUGAUGUUUUUUGUGGGCUAUGGCGACACGGCGUUGCAAACUUCAAUACAGCAGGAAGCGGUGUCGGCCGACCUCAUUGUGGUGGGCAGGCAGCGCCAGUCUUGCCUGCUGGAGAUGUUUUUUGGCAGCGUUUCCCGGCGACUGGUGCGCAUCUCGGGCUGCGAUCUCCUGAUUGUUCCCCAGCGUGCCGAGCGCAUGUACACGGCGUGA